AUGGCUGUAACAGGCGUGCAGCUUCCUGAUAGACUUGUUCUUGUCAGACCGGUGAAUGACACUCGGGAGUACGGGGGGGGGGGGCUCUCAAGGCCCCGCACUUUCCGCACUCCAAUUCUCACCAGCCCUCCCGCCCCUCCCCCCCGGGGCUCUGCGGGACUCGGUAAGGGGCGCGGAGAAGCCAAGGCUGUUUGCAAACAGGCGUCCUCAGCCUCCCUCCAGGAUGUACGUGCUGGGCCCCGGGUAAGAGGCUGCGCUCGGCCCGGGCCCGGGGCCAACCUGAACGGUGCCAGUGCCUCCGCCAACACACCGGGCCGCAAUGGAACCGAGGCCAGGAGCCGCGGGGUGGGGGAGGCGGCCGCAAUAGCAGGACGCCCCGUCCGCUCGGCCCGAGGGCUGCUGCCAGGGCCCUUCCCCGCGGCGGAAGGCCAGCGAGCCCGGGACCGCGUCGCGCCACACUCACCUCGAGCAGCGGCCGCCGCCGCCACAGCAUGGCCGGGGGGGUCGUCCCUAAGCCGACAGCCUCCUCCGGAGGGCUCCGGCGCGGCCCCAGGCGCCGCCGCGAAGCCUCUCGAUCCUAAAGGGGUUGUGGUCGCCGCUGCUACUGAGGCCCAGAGCCCGCCGAGCCUCAUCGGGCUCACGGGCCGCCGCAGCCACGCGGUUCCCGGAGGAGCGCCGCUGAACCGGGCCGGGGGCGCAAGGCUGCGGCGGGACGACGGAGGUGCUGCAGGCGGGGAUCCUCGGCGAAGCCUCCAGCGUCGCCGUGGCCGCUCCUGCCGCCGGCGCCGCUGGGCCACAGCGCCCCCUGGACCCCACGCCCGGCUACGGCGCCGGGACUGCGGCGGCAGCCCGGGCACGAGCGGCAGGGAACGCGGGGGAGCGCGGCCUGGGGAUGGCGGGGGCCCCGCGCUGGCUGCGCUGCCCUCGGCCCCCGGCCCGCCCCCGACAAUGCCUCCCAGGAGGCGGAAGCCCCUCGAUCUCCCACAGACCGUGGCGGGUGCCAGCCCCACCCCCAGCCCUCAGGCCGUGAGCGCCUUUGCACCUUUUCCUUCUCUCCAGGAGGUACGUGAACGUUUCUGUCACUCGGACGUUCACCUGAGAGCAGGAGGUGAGGGAAUCUGCUCGUUUUCGUCUCUCGUGAUUCGAGAGGGAUCCGUUGUAAGCCCCUCGGGGUGACCCAGAAACAACCUUUUUUCCAUACAAACACACAAAAUCCUCCCCCAAAACAGAUGAAUUGUCUUUGACCUUAACUUUUUUUGGAUCUAGAAAUUUCCUACAGAUACCAAAUCCUUAAUCCCAAACGGCCCCAAAAUUAGAAAAAAAAAAAAAA